AUGAUGGCCACCGACAGCACGCACGACUCAUUGUCUGGCACCGCAGUACAACUCGGCGACGACAACACUGGCGUCCCCUCUCAAUCACAACCGGCUCCUCUGGCGCAGGCACAAACUCAUUCGCUCGACAUUCAUGGCAAACAAACACAGCAACAACAGCAGCAGCAGCAGCAACCUCUGCAGCACCAACCAUUGGAAGGCGACCCCAACAGCGAAAAUGUCAGUCCUCAAGAACUGACUCUUUAUGUCGAAAAGCUGCUCGAGCAAAUCAAUGCAAAGUUUGACGGAGUGUCAGGUCAAAUCCUCGGUAAAAUGGAUGAGAUGUCGUCGAGGAUUGACGACCUGGAAAAGUCCAUUGGAGAACUUGUGCAGAAUGUGGAAGAGGAACCAAAGCAGCUACCAACACCUGCGGACAAGUAG